AUGUUUGAUGUAUCGCCGGAUGUCACACGGGAUAGCUACGUGAAAGGCGAUGAUAAACGUGAAGACGACAAGAAGAAGGUGCUUAAAAGGGGUGUCGUUUAUCACGCGUAUCGAGUCUUGCGUAAAAACAUUGUCCCAGCGGAGAAUAUAACUACUUUUGCCUACAACGAUAUUGCAAAUAAUCCC